AUGCCAAGCAGCGCGGAUACCCUUACCCCUUAUGAACAUAAUCUCUUAUUUAAUCCGCCUUACAUACUCAACAUUACCCUCGACUGUCUUAUCGAUCCAAGACGUAGACAAAGCAAUGGCCAAGAUUCAAAACCCCCCCGACCAUCAAAUUCUUGGAUUCUUUUUCGUACAAAUUUUGCGAGCGGAUUACAAUCUCAGGAUUCUAACUGUGUUCAACACGUCUCCAAGAUGGCUUCUAAAGAUUGGAAAAAUCAGCCGAUGGUAGUCAAACAAUACUUCAACGCUCUUGCUAAAUUGGCUCGGCAAUGGCAUAAAGAAGCUUAUCCUGGCUACACUUUCAGGCCGAGAAGGCAAAAACAAAACAAAGAAAAGAAUUGGUCCUUUAUCGAGGUGAACAAAGAUAGAUUUAUAGAACGUAAUGAGAAAAAGCAAAAAGGAAGAAAGAUAAAGACCGGCGACCAUUUGGAUAACUCUGCACAAUUGAACAAUGGUGAACAAACCCAAACUUUAGGUGGAUGUGAACAGCAUCCGGCUUUGGGUGAAUCCGCUCCGCUGAAUGAAUCCGUUAAUUUGAUCGAAUCUGAACCAAUUGAUUACGGUCAUCCGAUGCUGAAUGGAUAUAAAGUCACUGAAAUAUCGGACGAUUAUGAAAUAAUUCCAUAUACAUAUAUUGAAGAGCAACAGCAGCACGACUCACUGCAUAUCGCAUGGUAG